UCAACUGUCAAAGUUGAAUUUAUAUUUCAUAUAAUAUCUUCAUUGUACAAGCGAUAUAUAUUCGAAAAAAAUAUAAGAUAUAUUGGUUCAUCAAAUACGAAAUUUCCUGCAUGUGUAAAUAGAGUAUAAAAUACUAGUUGGACGGAGGGAGCAACCUCCUUUGUUCUCUUCGUAUAUCAAGAAAAUAAUUUCAAGUUUUCAGUUCAUUGAAAGAGUUCAGUCGAAUAUGGCCCAUUUCAAUGAAGAUGAUGACUUUUCGAUGAUGAUGGGAGUUGCAAAACAGCUUGCUGCUUCGGGGAAAAGACAACAGAGCACAAAAGCCUUGGAGAAAGAGGAAUCAUUGAAAGAAAGAAUCGUGAAAUACAAAGACAAGAGACUCACCCGUAAUUCCAGUAUCCAAAUGCCACAUCGAUAUAUCUGUGAUAUGGUUGCCACCUAUCUGAACAUCGAGAUCCAGUAUGUUAUUGAUGGAGUCUGUGACGCAGAUGCUCAUGUCGAUUGCCUUGAGAAUUUUCUCAGUAAAAAUGGAAUACAAGCGAUGAUCUUCUACUAUCAGGAUGGUCCACCGUAUGAAGUUGAGACGGGAAGAAUGAAAGAACCCAAUGGCCCUCCAAUCAAACGAAUAUAUGUUUCUCCUGGUAUGCAUCCAUUGAAUUAUAAAGGAGUAAUAGUUUACAAAACGAUUGCACAACAAGUUGAUAUGAGGAAUCUCAACGAUGUUGUGUUCUUCAUCGAGUUCGACUUGGAAUUCUUAAAAGGCAACGCUGUUUCCAUCGGCAGUAUGUUAAUAAACGAUCUGAUCAGACAGCCGCUUACUAUGAGUAAAGAUUGGGGCGAUCUUUUGAAAAGUGAAGCAGGACUGAAGCACAAACGAGCAUUCGAAGAUGAUUUUCUACAAUUCUGUACUUUUUUGGAUCGAACAAGGGGUGAUCUGGAAAGUGUUAUAACAUUUACAAUCGACCCUGAGCUAGUUAGGGAGCUUCGUGAAGGAAAUAAAGACCAGCAUAUGUUAGACAAAGAAUUCAUCAAAAACGUGGAGCAAACUGUGAGGAUUUGGAACAAGAAAAUGGAAAGGGCUCUAGUACAGUACCAGCAAUUGAGACGAGAAGACGAGUUUGUUGGUCCGCUUGUGGAGGUAGAAUAUUGGAGAAAUCAACUAUCAAGAUUCACAAGCAUAAUCGAAUUCAUCACAAAAGCAGAUUGCCAAAUUCACACAGCUUUUCUAAGAGAAAUUGCUAGUUCUGUUCUGAAGGUUUGGAAGAAACAAAUAAAUGCAGUUACCGAUGCAAGAAAUGAGUGCUCGGACAAUGUGAAGUAUCUUUACUCAUUUGAAUCGUAUUGUGCUCCUUUAUACCAACUUGACCCGACGGAGAUUCCGGCUCAUAUUCCCGCACUAUUGCGUUCUGUCAGGAUGAUUUACAAUACCUCACGAUACUACAAUAAUACUUGCAACGUUACAGCUGUUUUGGUCAAGGUAUCAAACCAAAUUAUCAACGUUUGCAGGAGCUAUUUGAAUUGCAAUGGGACAAAAACUGUCUGGAAUCAGCCCAAGAAGGAUGUGUUGGCUAAAGUUGAGAAAUGCUUGGACCUUUAUCUCAAAUAUUACCAGUGCUACAACAAAGUGUGCUCUGAAAUGAAGGAAGCUGGAGAGAAACCAUUCGGUUGUUCAGAAAUGUAUAUCUUUGGAAAGUUCGAGACCUUCAAAAAGAGAGUAGAAGACAUAUGUAACGUUCUGCAAACAACAGUGACGUAUUCAAUUCUACAAUCGAGUACUAUAGAGGGAAUUGAAGUAUUCGCUCAGAAAUUCAAGGAUUUCUUCAAUAAAAUUUCGAGUCAGAAAUACGAUGCCUUGAAUCACAGACUUCCAUAUUUCGAUAAGGAUUAUGCUGAAUAUAGGCAGAAUGUUGUUGAUACCGAAUGGGAAUUGGAAGAAUUCGUUGGAGCAUCUCUCUCAAGACUACAGGAUGUUCAUAACGUAUUACGACUUUUGAGAAGGUUCGAGAAAUUGAAAUUACCUUGUUUACAUCUGGAAGAGAGAUACUUGGAAGCAAUGAUCAUGUUCCAAGAAGAACUAGAGAAUUUGCGAGAUCGGUACAACGAAGAACGACAGUCACCCCUGGUACCAAGAAAUAUGCCACCUGCAAGUGGACGUAUUAGGUGGAUCAGACAAUAUUACAGACGAAUUCUCCAGCCUAUGAGGAUAUUCAAAACUAAGGAUAGGGUGAUCAAACAUAGGAAGGUACAAAAAUGUAUUCAACUUUUCAAUGCCUUGUCUAUGGUGUUUGUUCACUAUGAACAGUUGUACCAUGAAGCUUGGUAUGAAUAUGCAGCACAAGUUCGCCACUGCUUGAAUUCUCCAAUUAUGGUGAAGCAUCCUACAACGAGAAGGUACAUUUUGAAUUUCGAUCCCCACAUUCACGAAUGCAUCAGAGAAGCAGAGUAUAUGUACCGAUUGUUCUGUGCUGUUCCUGACGUGGGUCAAAUAAUGGUCUUCUGUCAAGAUAAAAUUCUGAAUUCCUAUGCCGCUACUAAGGAACUUAUAGAAAGAAAUGAUGAGCUAAGAAGCAGUAUUCCUCCCCUUUUCGUUCAGAUGAUGCGAGCUCCUCUGUACAAAAUUGAAGUCGCAUUUUUACCAGCCUUCUCUUCCAUAACUUGGACUUCCAUGAAAAUACCAGAAUUCUGUAAAGAAGUGACCAAAUUGCUGGAUGCAGUGCAGAUUUUUAUAAAAGAGGUGAAAGACAUGAAAGAAGCUAGAAUAGAUGAGGUAUUGGAAAGCAUAGCAAGUACACCUCUGGUAUAUCUCCCGGAUUUUCCCCUCAAACCAAAAGAAUUCUAUGAAGAAAAUAUCAAAUAUGGCAACAAAAUAGUGAAAGAACUUGAAUUGAAAUCUGUCAAAACCGAAAGAGCCGUCAUCGGCCUGAUAACUAAGUUCUUGGAUAUAAUCGAUCAAGAGGAUUUGCAGGAUGGAAAAUAUGAUUGGCUCGAUCCGGAACUUGCUGUCAAACCUGUAACUUCAUCAUCAAAAUUAAUCGUAGGUCCUGAUGCAGCUUUUAGGGAACUAAUUGGGAAACAACCAUUGGACCUUCAGACUUUGAAGACGGAUUGCGUGGAGCUUUUCAGUUAUUUCAACAUGAAAUUGACAGAAUCAUUAGUGAAAAUGGUCAAGGCUUCUCUGGAGCAAUUGAAGCAGAAGGCCACGAGCGUUCGAGGCAAUACUGAGACAAUUCCAAUGAUGAGGACCAAAAUGCAGUUACAGAUUCCAAAUACCGUUAUCAAUCCCGAUCUCACUGUCAUUCAGUCAAUGUUUGCACAAGUUGUGGCUAAUGUCUUAGAGUGCAACAAGUAUAUACAUCUGUGGGGUCAGAGGGGCGUUACCCCACAAAAAGUCUCACUGAAACUCAGGAAAAUCAACACAGAUCCUUCCGCUCCUCCAAAACCAGUCGUUAUGAAUUACUACAAGCAAGUAGCAGAAAAUAAAGAAGUAAUCCGACUUUACAUGAGUUUACAAGGAGCCAUGUUUCUUGUUAAGCCGGAUGUCGCGAGCGUUUUGAACAGAUAUUUGAAUUAUUCCUAUUUAUGGUCCGAUGAUCGGGAGAAAAUAAUUGAUGAAUUUUGCGAAAGAGGACCAUUACCCGUUGAAAUAACUGAAAAAUUCAAAGAAUAUGAGGCGAGAGCUGAGGAGAUUGAAGGUUUACCUGAAUGUAUUGACCUUGGUCCGAUUCAAAUAGAUUUGGAUGAAUUCAAACUCGCUCUGUUGGUGGAAUCAAAUGCUUGGAAAUACAUAAUGGGAAAUAAUUUAGCAUUAAGGAAUAAACAGCGGCUGAACAAGAUGGUCGAUUUCAUCAAAACUCAGGAGAAAAUUAUGAGUAGAAAAAUUAAAGAUCUCGACGAUUGCAGGUUGGCAAUGCAGUGCUUAGAAAGGAUUCGCGAUAACUUCAUCGAAAUGGACAUGGAGUUGGGAGCUAUGGAGGAAGCCUAUGCAAUUUUCAAUAGAUUCAGAAUAGAUGUUCCAAGAGAAGAUAUUGAAAGGGUUGAUACAUUGCGAUUCAACUUCGGAAAUAUGGGGGUUCAUGCAAAACAAACGCAAGAAAAUAUUUACGAUGUGCAAGCUCCAUUGCUAGAGGAACUCACAGCUGGUGUCGACAAGUUUGCCUUUGAAGUUGAAGCUUUCGAUAAGGACUUCGAGGAAAAAGGACCAAUGGUUCCAGGGCUAGAGGCCAGAGAAGCGAGUGAUCGUGUAUUGGUCUUUCAAGAUCGUUUCGACGAGUUGUGGAGGAAGUUUGAAAUGUACAGUAGUGGAGAAAAAUUAUUCGGUCUGGAAGUGAAGGAUUACCCUAUAUUGCAUAAGAGGAAAAAAGAAUUCAAUCUCUUAAACAAGCUUUAUGGCUUGUAUUUACAAGUGAACAAGAGUAUAGAUGGUUACUACGAUAUAUUAUGGUCUGAUGUUGACACUGAGGUGAUAAUAGCUGAAUUGACAGAAUUCCAGAAUAGAUGCCGAAAGUUGCCCAAAGCUUUGAAGGAUUGGCCUGCAUUCUUAGAUUUGAAGAAGAAGAUCGACGACUUCAGUGAGACAUGUCCUUUACUCGAACUGAUGGCAAAUAAAGCUAUGAAAGAUAGACAUUGGAGGCGUCUUUCCACAACUUGCAACUAUAACUUCGACAUAGAUUCUCCUACAUUUACCUUGAGAAAUGUGAUGGAAGCUCCUUUGCUUCAAUAUAAAGACGACGUCGAAGAUAUUUGUAUAAGUGCAGUUAAGGAGAAGGACAUCGAGGCAAAAUUGAAGCAAGUGAUCGCUGAUUGGGCAGUCGUCGAUUUAUCUUUCUCAUCGUUCAAAGCUAGGGGAGAGCUUUUGCUCAAAGGAACAGAAACUGGCGAAAUCAUUAUGUUAUUGGAGGACAGCUUGAUGGUCAUGAAUUCUCUUCUCAGCAAUAGAUACAAUGCUCCAUUCAAGAAGGACAUUCAGCUGUGGGUGCAUAAGUUGGUAACGACAUCAGAAAUCCUAGAGAAGUGGAUGUUAGUUCAAAAUCUGUGGGUGUACCUAGAGGCAGUAUUCGUUGGUGGUGAUAUUGCUAAACAAUUGCCAGCGGAGGCAAAAAGAUUCAGUAACAUCGACAAAUCCUGGGUGAAGAUUAUGGCUCGUGCACAUGAAGUGACGAAUGCAGUUGAAUGUUGUACGGGCGAUGAGACUAUGGGGCAGUUGUUACCGCAUUUACUGGAACAAUUGGAAACAUGUCAAAAGAGUUUGACCGGAUAUUUAGAGAGCAAGAGACUGUUAUUCCCGAGAUUUUUCUUCAUCUCUGACCCUGUUCUACUGGAAAUUUUAGGACAAAGCUCUGAUCCAACAAGUAUCAGACCUCAUCUGUUAAGUUUAUUCGACGCUGUUGCCUCGGUGGAUUUUGACGAGAAGAGGCCUGAUUGCAUUAUAAAUAUGAAGUCAGACAAUGGUGAGAUCGUAACGUUCGAAAAAAUGGUUCAGUGUCAGGGUGGAGUGGAGUUUUGGCUGAACAUUCUAUUGAAUACUGUGAAAUCUACUGUGCAACAAGUGAUUGCAGUCCAAGCUCAAUGUUUCGUGGAUCCAGAAUACAACUUCGUUACUGGAUUUCAACAGUUUUGUGGCCAAGCUGGACUCGUAGGAGUUCAGAUAUUGUGGACCAAAGAUUCCGAAGCUGCAAUAAAGAGAUCGAGAAUUGACAAGACAAUAAUGAAAGCAACCAAUCAGAGAUUCUUAGAUUUGUUGAAUUCUCUCAUUGAUUUAACUUCGAAGGAUUUAACAAAAUUGAGAAGAACUCAAUUCGAAACGAUGGUUACGAUACAUGUUCAUCAGAAGGAUAUAUUCGAUGAUAUGGUUCGACUAAAAGUGAGAACUCCACAGGAUUUCGAAUGGCAGAAGCAAUCUAGAUUCUAUUAUUAUGAAGACACUGACGAAGUGCAAGUCAAGAUAACUGAUGUCAUUUUUGACUACCAGAACGAGUAUUUAGGAAUAACUGAGAGAUUAGCCAUCACCCCACUCACUGACAGAUGUUACAUCACUCUAGCACAAGCCAUUUGGAUCAAUAUGGGUGGUGCACCUGCUGGUCCUGCUGGUACUGGUAAAACGGAAACGACAAAAGAUAUGGGACGAACACUCGGGAAAUUUGUUGUUGUAUUCAAUUGUUCUGAUCAAAUGGAUUUCCGUGGGCUUGGUCGGAUAUUCAAGGGACUAGCACAAUCAGGCAGUUGGGGUUGUUUCGACGAAUUCAAUCGAAUUGAGUUGCCAGUACUUUCCGUAGCUGCACAGCAGAUCUACAUUGUGCUACAAGCAAGAAAAGAAAGGAAGCCUGUUUUUGUUUUCAUGGAUGGUGAUAAUGUUUCAAUGAACAUCGAAUUUGGUAUAUUCUUAACCAUGAAUCCAGGAUAUGCUGGACGUCAAGAACUACCCGAAAAUCUGAAAAUAAUGUUCCGUAAUGUAGCAAUGAUGGUUCCAGACAGACAGAUCAUAAUAAGAGUCAAACUAGCCUCCUGCGGUUUCAAGGACAAUGUUUACCUCGCAAGGAAGUUUUUCACUUUAUACGCCCUCUGCGAAGGACAACUUUCAAAACAGGUCCACUACGAUUUUGGAUUACGUAAUAUUUUAUCUGUGCUGAGAACGCUAGGAGCUCAGAAGAGGGCUAAUCCUAAUGAUAGCGAGGAAACUACGGUUAUGAGAGUAUUGAGGGAUAUGAAUUUGAGCAAGCUGAUCGAUGAAGAUGAGCCUCUCUUCUUAUCCUUGAUUGAGGACAUGUUUCCUGGAAUUAAGCUGACUUCUCAUUCUUGGAAAGAUUUGCAAAAAGCUGUUGGUAAUCAGAGCCAACUAAUGGGAUUGGUCAAUUACUCUUCUUGGAACCUAAAGAUUGUACAGCUAUACGAAACAUCGCUUGUUAGGCAUGGAUUGAUGGUUAUGGGUCCUACUGGUGCAGGAAAAACUGAAUGCAUGCAUUGUCUUAUGCGGUCUUUCACAGAAAUGGGGCUUCCACAUAAAGAACUACGGAUGAAUCCAAAAGCUAUAACUGCACCUCAGAUGUUCGGAAGGCUCGAUGUUGCUACCAAUGACUGGACUGACGGAAUAUUCUCUACCCUUUGGAGAAGAACUCUGAAGUUCAAGAAAACAGAUUUCUGCUGGCUUGUCCUGGACGGUCCAGUAGAUGCUGUUUGGAUUGAGAAUCUCAAUUCAGUUUUGGAUGAUAACAAAACAUUGACUCUAGCAAAUGGCGACAGAAUAGUUAUGGCAGGUAAUUGCAAAUUGGUAUUCGAGCCAGAUAAUGUCGACAAUGCUAGUCCCGCUACUGUAUCUCGCAUGGGUAUGGUUUUCAUGAGCUCUUCUGUCCUUCCAUGGCCUCCUAUAUUGGAUGGUUGGUUAAAAACAAGAUCGCAACAGGAAGGAGAUGCAUUGAGACCGAUGUUCGGUAAAAUCUAUAGUGAUGCUCAGGAUUUCGUAUUGCAAAAAUUGAAACCAAAAAUGUUCAUAAGAGAAGCAGUGUACAUUCGGCAGUGCUACGAUGUCUUGCAGGGAAUAUUAGAUGUGGGUGAUGAAACAAAAUUUUGGACAGAGAAGCAACUCGAACGACUGUUCUUAUUUUCCAUGAUGUGGUCUCUAGGGGCUCUACUAGAACUUGAAGAUAGAUCAAAGCUUGAACAGUAUGUAUUGACGCACCCCUCGAAAAUGGAUUGGCCGAAAAUAGGUCCAAACGAAACAAUAUUUGAAUAUUUGGUCAAUCCAGAUAACGGUAGAUGGCAGCAUUGGUCGGAGAGAGUGGAGGAAUUCUGUUACCCAUCUGACAGUAUUUUAGAGUUUACCUCAAUUUUGGUUCCGAACGUAGAUAAUGUCCGAACUGCUUUCCUAAUUGGGACGAUUGCAAAACAAUCCAAAGCCGUUUUGUUAAUAGGAGAACAAGGUACUGCCAAAACAGUGAUGAUUCAGGGAUACCUCCAAUCCUUUGAUCCGGAGUACAAACUGAGCAAAAGUUUCAAUUUUUCAUCCGCUACAACACCCAACAUGGUACAAAGAAUUAUCGAAUCUUACAUUGACAAAAGGGUAGGGACAACCUACGGCCCACCAGCUGGUAAAACACUCAGUGUGUUUAUAGACGACAUCAAUAUGCCAGUGAUAAAUGAUUGGGGCGAUCAAAUCACCAAUGAGAUUGUGCGACAACUAAUGGAAUGUGGUGGAUUCUACAGUUUGGAUAAACCGGGAGAUUUCUCAACCGUUGUAGAUGUUAUGUUUUUGGCUGCUAUGAUUCAUCCAGGUGGAGGAAGAAAUGAUAUACCACAUAGACUCAAAAGACAAUUUUGCGUUUUCAACUGUACCCUGCCCAGCACAACUUCUAUGGAUUUGAUCUUUCAACAAAUUGCAUGUGGCUAUUUCUGUCCUGAAAGGUUUCUUGAACCUGUUGUCAACUUUGUUAGCAAGCUAAUACCCUUAACUAGACAUUUAUGGGAGAAAACGAAAAUCAAAAUGCUUCCCACCCCAGCUAAAUUUCAUUAUGUCUUCAACUUGAGGGAUCUCUCUAGAAUAUGGCAAGGAAUUCUAACUGUAGCGGGAGAUGAAUGUAAAAAUGAAGUCGAUCUCCUAAAACUGUGGAGGCACGAGUGUCAUAGAGUCAUUUCAGAUAGAUUCACUGAACAGGCUGAUAAAGAUUGGUUCAUUAAAUGCCUAAAGGACACUGUCGUGAAGGAUCUUGGUGAUGACUCACAAUUUUACACGGAUGAGGAGGUAUUCUGGGUAGAUUUUCUACGAGAAGUUCCUGAAGCCACUGGAGAUGAGCCUGAGGAUUUCGUUUUUGAAGCUCCAAAAAUAUAUGAGGAGAUACCGUCUUGGGAAUUCCUGAAGGAAAAAUUAUUGUCUUACAUGGAGCAAUACAAUGAACAGGUACGAGGUUCACUGAUGGAUAUGGUAUUUUUCCAUGAUGCAAUGGUGAAUUUGAUGAUAAUAUCUAGACUUAUCAGAACAGCAAGGGGUAACGCUUUGCUAGUAGGCGUUGGAGGUUCUGGAAAACAGAGCUUGACGAAACUAGCCUCUUUCAUAGCUUCGUACAAAUCCUAUCAAAUACAGCUGACCAGAUCUUAUAACUUGAACAACCUUAUGGAUGACAUUAAGUACCUAUAUAGAGUUGCUGGACUAGAAGGCUCGGGUAUAACCUUUAUCUUCACUGAUAACGAUAUAAAAGAAGAAACUUUCCUUGAAAGUUUAAAUAAUAUUUUGAGCUCUGGCGAGAUUGCCAAUCUCUUUCCGAAGGACGAAUUGGAUGAGAUCCAAUCCGAACUAAUACCUAUAAUGAAGAAAAUUCAACCGAAACGUCCGCCAACAGUGGAUAAUCUUUAUGAUUUCUUCAUCACAAGAUCCAGAUCGAAUAUUCAUGUAGUACUAUGCUUUUCUCCAGUUGGAGAAAAGUUUAGAAGCAGGGCUCUGAAAUUCCCAGGUCUUAUUUCCGGUUGUACAGUCAAUUGGUUCGCCAGAUGGCCUAGAGACGCCCUGAUAGAAGUGGCGAGUCAUUUUUUGCAGAAUUUCGAAAUAGUUUGUGUACCGGAAGUGAAGCUAGAACUCAUACAUCUCAUGGGAGAAAUUCAAGAUGGCGUUGCUGAAACCUGUAUUCUUUACUUUGAAAGAUUCCGUCGACGUACCUUCGUGACUCCAAAAACAUUCAUUUCUUUUCUGGAUUUCUACAAAGUCCUGUACAAAAAAAAGUUUGAUGAUAUUCAGGUGCUGGCACAUAGAAUGAAAACAGGACUAUCCAAACUGGUUGAAGCUCAAGCUAGUGUUGACGAUCUCAGAAAAGAGCUUGCUGUGAAAGAAAUUGAAGUAAACAAGGCUUCAGAAGCUGCAGAAGAGGUUUUGAAUGAAGUAUUAACAGCAUCAGAAAUAGCAAAUAAAAUAAAAGAAGAAGCUCUAGCAGUGAAGGUCAGAGCCGAGAAUCUGGUGAAUUUAAUCAGUGUAGACCAAAAAGAAGCGGAGGAGAAACUGCUUGCUGCCAAACCAGCUUUGGACGCGGCUGAAGCAGCUCUUCUGACCAUCAAAGCUUCUGAUAUAGCAACUGUAAGGAAACUUGGCAAACCUCCAUACUUGAUCUUGAUUAUCAUGGACGUUGUACUGAUAUAUUUCAAAAGAAAAUUGGACAGAGUUCAGAGGGAUACAGUCAACGAAAAAGAUUUUAUUCUACCGUCAUGGAACGAAUCUUUGAAGAUGUUGGCUGAUACGCGAUUCCUGAAUAAGCUACAAGAAUAUCCUAAGGAUACUAUCAACGCUGAAACUAUAGAUCUAGUGACUCCAUAUUUGAAACAUGAGCUUUAUACCUUUGAAACUGCGAAAUCUGUCUGCGGUAAUGUUGCUGGUUUAGUAUCCUGGACGAUCGCCAUGGCAGCUUUCUAUGAAGUCAAUAAGGAAGUAUUGCCUCUGAAGGCUAAUCUACAAAUUCAACAAGCCAAAUUGAAUAAAGCUCAAGACGAGUUGAAUGCUGCCAUGACCCUUCUAGCUACCAAGGAAGAAGAAGUGAGGCAAUGUCAAAUUCUAUACGAAGAAGCCAUGACUCGAAAACAAGCUGUUUUGGAUGAUGCAAUGAAAGUUAAGAAUAAGAUGGACGCAGCCACAGCUCUCAUUAAUGGUUUGGCGGGUGAAAGAAUUCGUUGGACAGCUCAGCUGCAGCAGUUCAAAGCCGAAACUGAACGUCUUGUGGGCGAUGUUGUUAUACUAGUAGGAUUUUUGGGAUACUCUGGGCCCUUCAAUCAGGAAUUCAGAAAUAACCUCAAUAAAACUUGGUUAGAUGCCCUCAUGACAAGGAAGAUACCAGUAACAGCUACUUUAAGCAUUAUUGAUAGCUUGACCGACACCGCUACAAUGGGAGAAUGGAACAUUCAAGGACUGCCAACCGAUGAGUUAUCCAUUCAGAAUGGAAUCAUUGUUACUACAGCCUCUAGGUAUCCGCUACUGAUAGAUCCUCAAAGCCAAGGUAAAUCCUGGAUCAAAAACAAAGAGAAGGACAAUAAUCUCAUUGUAUCAUCUCUGAACCAUAAGUACUUCAGAAACCACAUAGAGGAUGCUGUAAGCCUUGGUUAUCCAAUGAUAAUUGAGGAUAUCGGCGAGGAACUGGAUCCUGUAUUGGAUGCUGUUCUGGAAAAGUCAUAUAUAAAAUCAGGUACAUCGUAUAAAGUGAAAGUCGGUGAUAAGGAAGUUGACGUCAAUAUGGAUUUCAAAGUUUAUAUGACAACUAAACUAGCGAAUCCUUCCUAUACUCCUGAGAUAUUUGCCAGGACUUCUGUUGUUGACUUCACCGUUACAAUCAAAGGAUUGGAAGAUCAGCUAUUAGGAAGAGUCAUUCUCACGGAAAAACGUGAGUUAGAAACUGAGAGAACCCAGCUCAUGAUUGAUGUCACUUCCAAUAGAAGAAAAAUGUCAGAGCUCGAACAAAAUUUACUGUAUAAAUUGACAACAACCCAAGGAUCUUUGCUGGAUGAUGACACUGUAAUAGGAGUUCUGAAUGUUACUAAAACAACCUCCUUAGAAGUUCAAGAGAAGCUCACGGUAGCUAAAGAAACAGAAAUUAAAAUAAAUGCAGCAAGGGAAGAAUUCAGGCCAGUAGCAACGAGAGGAAGUGUUUUGUAUUUUUUGAUUGUAAGCAUGGCUAUGGUCAACAUAAUGUAUCAAACUUCUCUCGUUCAAUUCUUGGAAAGGUUCGACAUAUCUAUGCUUCGAUCUGAGAGGAGCCCGAUAACAUCUAAAAGAAUAAAUUUCAUAAAUGAAUAUAUGACCUAUGAGAUAUACAAGUAUAAAUCUAGGGGACUCUAUGAAAGGCACAAGUAUAUGUUCGUAUUGUUACUGACACUUAAAAUCGAUCUUGAGAGGAGUACUAUUACUCACGAAGAGUUCCAGAAUUUCAUUAAAGGCGGUGCUGCUCUGGAUUUGAACACAUGUCCUCCAAAACCGGCGAAAUGGAUCACUGACAUGACUUGGUUAAAUCUGGUGGAACUAUCAAAUUUGCGGCACUAUCAGUAUAUUGUUCAGCAAAUAGUACAGAACGAUAAGGUAUGGAAGACAUGGUUUGACAAAGAUGCUCCUGAGGAAGCUCCUUUUCCACUCACCUAUAAUACAUUGGACACUUUUAGGAAACUUCUGAUAGUUCGCGCUUGGUGCCCGGAUCGAACUAUGGUGCAGAGUAGAAAAUACAUUGCUAGUUCAAUGGGCCAGAAAUUUGCGGAGCCAGUCAUUCUGAACUUCGAAGUUAUGUACAAUGAAUCCAGGGCCUUAACACCUAUGGUGUGUUUUCUUAGCACAGGCUCUGAUCCUACACCUUAUAUCGAACAAUUAGCCAAAAAAUUGGAAACUGGAAUCAAAUCCAUAUCGAUGGGCCAAGGUCAGGAAAUCCAUGCUCGUAAAAUGAUGGCAGCUGCUAUGACCGAUGGAUUUUGGGCGUUGUUACAAAAUUGUCAUUUAUCCUUGGAAUAUAUGAAUGAAGUGCUUGUGAUGUUUUUGGAUCUGGAAAAAGGAAUCGGCAGCGUGAAUCCAGAUUUUAGAUUAUGGAUAACAACAGAAGAACAUCCACUAUUUCCCAUAAGUUUACUUCAAUUAUGUAUAAAGUUUACCAAUGAAGCACCCUCAGGUGUUAGAGCUGGUCUGUUGCGAACUUACACCUCUAUGAAUCAAGAUAUGCUGGAUUAUUCUGACGCAUGGCAAUAUAUUCCGCUCAUAUACGCCAUUUCUUUUCUCCAUACUGUAGUUCAAGAGAGAAGGAAAUUCGGGCCUCUAGGAUGGAAUAUACCGUAUGAAUACAAUUCUGCUGAUUGGUUAGCGAGCUGUAUUUUCGUUCAAAAUCAUCUGGAUGAAAUAGAUCCCAAACGAGGUGUAAGUUGGGUUACAUUGAGGUACAUGUUGGGGGAGGUACACUAUGGUGGACGAGUUACUGAUGAUUACGAUAAGAGAUUACUGAAUACUUUCUGCAGAUUCUGGUUCAACGAUGGUCUUUUCGAGCCAACCUUUGAGUUCGCCAAAGGUUAUAAAAUAGUGAAAUUCAAGCAGAUUUCCGACUAUCUGAGCCACAUUGACACUUUUGCACCUACUGAUCCUCCCCAAGUAUAUGGCUUGCAUCCAAAUGCAGAUAUCACUUAUCAGACUAAUACUACGAGUGAUAUGCUAUCUCAAAUGUUAUCCAUACAACCCAAAGAAUCUGGAGGAGGUGGUGGUGAAACCAGAGAAUCUUCCGUGACCAGACAAGCCAUCGAUAUGUUGAGCAAAAUGCCGCCAAAUUACGAUCCAUUCGAAGUGAAAGAAAGAAUCCGAAUUAUGGGUCAAUACAAUCCUCUGAAUAUAUUUUUGAAGCAGGAAAUCGAUAGAAUGCAGAAAGUUAUCGGUAAUGUACGUACCACCUUAAAGGACCUUCUUCUGGCUAUAGAAGGUACAAUUAUAAUGAAUGAGUCCUUACAAGAUGCUCUGGAUAAUAUAUAUGAUGCGUUGGUGCCAGCGGUUUGGAUGAGAGGUUCUUGGGCUGCAAGGACCCUUGGUUUCUGGUUCACAGAAUUGCUCGACAGGGACGUGCAAUUCAGGACAUGGUGCUUUAAGGGACGUCCACCAUGUUUCUGGAUGGCUGGAUUCUUCAAUCCGCAAGGUUUCUUGACUGCUAUGAAACAAGAAGUUGCUAGGGCGCAUAAAGGAUGGGCUUUGGACCAAGUCUUCAUGUCGAAUGAAGUUAUGAAAAUGAUGAAAGAAGAAACAAUUUCACCUCCCAGUGAAGGUGUUUACAUUUACGGCCUAUUUUUGGACGGCGCUGGCUGGGAUAGGCGGAACUCAAAACUUUGUGAAUCCACCAACAAAGUAUUGUAUACCAUUCUGCCAGUGGUUUUUGUUACUGCCAUUUAUCAAACAUCCCAAUCCGGUUCCAAUUUGUAUGUGUGUCCUGUGUACAAAAAAGCGAGAAGAACAGAUUUAAAUUACAUCACUGCACUGAAUUUAGUGACAACGAAAAAUCCCGAUCAUUGGACCCUAAGAGGAGUAGCUCUACUCUGUGAUAUUCAGUGAAGUAUUUAUCAUCUUAUACCACAUGUAGGAAAAUAAUAUACUAUUUUCUAUCUAG